AUGAUUCAGCAGAAAGAAGAUGCUAUCCAGAAAGCACUAGCGGCCAAUUCUCCCCAGCCUGAAGACAGAGGUCGUCUUCCCACGCGACCGGGGUAUGGAACUCGAGGAAACAAAGUUCUUCUUUAUGCGAAUUAUUUCCAAUUAUCGGUUAAGUCCAAAGAAGACUUGUUUCGCUACAAUGUGGAAGUCUCCCAAGAACCCAAGGGGCGCAAGCUGAAACAAAUUUUCCGUCUAUUGCUGGUCUCGCACUUUGCGCAGACGCUUAAUAGCAUUGCGUCGGACUAUAAAUCCAUCCUUAUCUCCAGGGUGGAUCUGUUGCAGAAGCAGCAUGAACGUGUGUAUGACGUGAAUUAUAGGGAAGAGUACGAUGAUCACUCCCGACAGAACGCAAGGAUUUUCAGCGUGAAAGUGACGUUCACUGGGAAAGUAAGUAUUUCUGCUUGCCUUGAUUAUCUCUCUUCGACGAACGCGAGCGCGAUGUUUCACUACAAGCCCGAGGUACUGCAGACCCUGAACAUUGUGACGGGCUAUUAUCCAAAAACUAGCGAAGAAACAAUAUCUCUGGGUUCAAACAAACAUUUCAACAUUGAUCCGAGCUCUGUCGAACGGUUUGAUUUGGGUGCUGGUCUCGAGGUUCUCAGGGGCUUUUUUGUGAGUGUUCGCGCUGCUACCUCACGAUUCCUUAUAAAUUGUCAGGUCAAAUAUGCUGCAUGCUAUCAGGAAGGAAAGCUAUCAACGGUAAUGGCUGCAUACCGACGAGAAGGUCCCCCAAGCGUCUACAGGCUGGAAGCUUUCUUGAAAAGGCUGAGAGUUCGAGUUACCCAUAUCCGCCGGGUUAAUAGCCAAGGCCAAGAUAUCCCACGGUUCAAAACGAUCACAGGCUUGGCUUCUCCGGCAGAUGGAAAGUCUCUAGCUCACCCUCCAAUUGUUCCUAAACACGGUGCUGGGCCCACGGAAGUGCAAUUCUGGCUUGAAGGCGUUGGUCCAAAAACCAUUGGUAAGGCAAAAUCCAAAGGGAAAAAACCCGCCAAGUCCGGACCAGAAGAAUACGGAAGGUACACCACAGUCGAGGAUUUCUUCCGGGAAAGAUACGGGCUCAAUGUUGAUUCCAAUGUGCCAGUAGUUAAUGUUGGCACACGUCAAGAUCCGUCCUAUUUGCCGGUCGAAGUCUGCGUUGUUAUAGCUGGCCAGGCCGCGGGAGUCAAGCUGAACAGAAGACAAACUCAGAACAUGAUCCGAUUUGCGGUGCGCAACCCCGCCCAGAAUGCUCGAUCCAUUACGACAAAAGGUGCUGGUGCACUGGGGUUGACACCCCAACUCAAUACGACGUUGCGAUACUUUGGGCUGGAUAGUGACCCUACCCUCAUAACCGUCCCAGGGAGGGUCUUACAAUCACCUUCCGUGCUUUAUAGAGACCGCAGGAAGGUGGACGCUCUCGCGGCUAGCUGGAACAUGAAGUCCGCAAAGUUCUUCACAUCUAGCCGAUUGUCAUUCUGGGCAUUUAUUUACCUUGUCUCCGACAGAGAAAGGGUAUACUUCGAAAGGCCAGCCGACCUAAAGCCCUGCUUAGCUGCUUUGAGCUCAAAACUAAACGACAUGGGUGUUAUUGCGAGCCCUGCAAUGGAUGGAAGGAGACUGGAUGUGACAGGGGCCUACUAUGAUGGAAAAUACCAAGCAGCCAAGCUUGAUCAAGCCAUAACUGAUGCUAUCACAGAAUUGAUAAGUAAACAUAAACUGGACUUGGUCUUGGCAAUUCUUCCCGCCAAAGAUACAGAUAUAUACAGCUCAGUCAAACGAGUUUGCGAUUUGCACAAUGGUGUCCACAACGUCUGUGUGCUCGAGGAAAAGUUUUUCCACAAAAAUGACCAGUACCUCGCCAAUGUCUGCUUGAAAAUCAAUCUGAAGCUCGGUGGCGUGAAUCAGGUGUUGGGAACUGAUGAAUUGGGAAUCAUCUCCGAUGGCAAAACGAUGAUCGUCGGCAUCGAUGUCACCCAUCCGUCGCCGGGGUCUGCAAAGCAUGCACCCAGCGUGGCAGGCAUGGUUGCCUCUCUCGAUAAAAGGCUUGGUCAAUGGCCAGCAGAGAUCCGCAUCCAGGCAUCCCGCCAGGAAAUGGUCGCCGCCCUUGAUACAAUGCUGCGGUCCCGAUUAAAGCAUUGGGUUGCUGUGAACGGGCAGCUUCCCGAGAAUAUGAUUGUCUACCGUGACGGAGUUUCUGAGGGUCAGUACAAUCUUGUGGUGGAGAAAGAAGUCCCGCUUUUGAAAUCCGCGUGUGAGCCAAUGUAUCGGAAUGGCCCCCCACGCCUUUCGGUCAUAAUCGUUGGGAAACGGCACCACACUCGUUUCUACUCAACUCACGAAGACCAGGCGGAUCGGUCAUCCAAUCCCCAGAACGGCACAGUGGUCGACCGUGGAGUGACUGAAGCGCGAGAUUGGGAUUUCUAUCUUCAGGCUCACUCUGCAUUGCAGGGAACUGCUCGACCUGCUCACUAUUAUAUUGUGUGGGAUGAGAUUUUCUCUGUACAGAAACCGCGUCCACUGUUCGAGAACGCAGCUGACCUCCUUGAGCACUUAACCCACAAUAUGUGCUAUGUAUUUGGUCGUGCGACGAAAGCUGUCAGUAUCUGUCCGCCUGCGUACUACGCUGAUUUGGUUUGUGAGCGUGUCCGCUGUUAUCUCAAGGAAGUCUUUGAUGCAAGUGCGGAACCAAGCCCGUCUGGCAGUAUGCUCGAAGGCGGCACUGGACGGACGCUAGAGACGUCAGACGUUCAAAUCCAUCAAAAUGUGCGAAACACGAUGUUCUACAUUUGA